CCAUUUGCCCACCAGGGGAGGAAUUUAAUUCUACUAGUAAAACUUGUGGGAAGUGUGCCUUAGGGUAUUACAAGUCUACAACUGGUAACAGUGAGCCAUGUACCAAGUGUCCUGAUGGUAAUACAACACUUGUCAUAGGUUCUGUCUCCAGUGCCGCUUGCAAUAUAUCUGACUGUUUGCCGGGAACCUAUCGGUCAUCUGGAGCCGGAUGUAAAGAGUGUCCAGCUGGAACAUUCCAGGAUGAGAAAUCCCAGACAUCAUGUCAAAAGUGCCCUGCUAAUAAAAACAUAACAGAAACUACAGGAGCAACUUCAGAUAGCUACUGUAUAGUGUCUUGUGGGGAUGGUUCACAGUAUGAUAGAACUUUAGACAAUUGUACAGCCUGUCCCAAAGACUUCUACACCAACAGAAAAAUCUCACAAUACUGCAUCAAAUGUCCAUCAGGGUUCAUCACAUAUGGAGCCGGGUCUUCAGAGUGUGUUCCGCAAGCCCCUGGAACAACUGCUGCUCCAGUCAUAAAGCAACAGACAUUUAUAUUCACUCUUUCGUACAAAUUGUUUUUGGAUUGUCAAGUUCCAGAUGCUGUUAAUUCAGCAUUGGCAAACAUAAGGGCUCGAAUUAUACAUAGGCUUCUUGCAUUAGCCUCCCGUUUUGCAAAUUUUUGCAGAAAAAUAAAUGUUCAAGAAUGCUUUCUAUCUGUAAGAGUACAAUCUAAUGUUUGCAAAACAGCAAGAAGGAAAAAAAGAAAUGCAUCACCCGUAGAUCUAGAUGUUAAAGUGGAUAUUCCUGAUGUCAGCUCAACUGUAACAGAUACUGAAGAACCUACAAAAAUUCUGCAAACUGAAUCCAUGCUUAAAGAGGACUUGGAUACAAACAAACCUGAAUAUGCACCUCAGGGCACAGAAUUAGUAAGUUCUAGAUUUGAGGGGAAAGUGAUAACAUGUGAGAAUGGUUCUGUUCCUGCAAGCAACAAUGAAACAUGUGUGAUAUGUACUGAAGGAACAUACCAUAACACUGAAAUGGGCAAAUGUGAAAACUGUCCAAGGAACUUCUAUCAGGAUCAGAAUCAGCAGAUAACUUGUAAACCAUGUUCAGGCUCUGUGAAAAUAUUCACUGUAUCAGAGGGUUCAAAUUCACAGAGUCAAUGUGUGUCUGAGUGUAGUACUAAUCCAAAUUACUGUAAGAAUGGAGGAAAAUGUAACUUCAAUGAUGUGACAAUAUGGUGUACAUGUAAAGAGCGAUACUCUGGCUCCAGAUGUGGAGAGCAAGCUGAAUAUACUUCAGACACACCUUACAUAAUAGGAGGAACUGUUGGUGGAUUAGCUGCUAUAAUGGUUGUAGCCCUCGUCAUUAUAUGCUUGAUAAGGUGUCUCAAAAGAUCAAAGGAAUCUACUUCCAAAUAUCCACCGAGUGAACCAAUGGAAUAUUUUUAUGAUUACAAUACUCCAUUUUAUGACAAUAGCUCUAAGAGAGGAGGUAUUUCAUCUCAUGCCCGAAUGAACCCAGCCUUUAACUAUGACGAUGGCAGCUUCUAUGAUACCCGUAACAGGAUGUAUCCACAGGAAGAUGAUGAUUACAGAGGAUAUCGAUGGCAGGAGGCUCGAGGGGAUUUUGAUCUUUGAUAUUUUUUCCUUUGAACCUGUAUAUUAAUCAAGUAGACAAAACAUAUCGAAAUUUUAUAUGUCCAAACAUAAUUUCAUCAUUAUUCUUUAUUGUAUGCAUAUUUUAAUUGUGUGAGUGGUUUUAAAGUGGACAUUCCCUAUACUAAGAGUUCUUUCUUAUAAUUACCCCAGUGAGGUUUUUGUUUGUAAUUGACGAGUACAUGAUUUAUACUUGCAUGAAGGUGCACUGAGUAUAGUUGAUUUCUUGCCUGUACAAGUUCACAAGAAUGCAUAUCUUUCUUUUUAAAUUACAUUUUAAUUAAUAUAGGUAUUAAGAGGGGGCUUUUUCUUGUGCAAUAACUAAAAUCAAAAGCAAUAUUUACAAUCAUAUUCAAUUCAUACAUAUUUUUUUGAUUUGUUAAUUAAUUUUCACCGUUUCAAAUAUAAUUUGAAAACCUCAAAAUCAGAUGAUUGAUAAUGUGCAAAAUUUAUAUGUGGAAAUUCAUGUCAUGGAGCAUGAAAAUUCUGAAAGACUUCAAUAAAAGCUCCAUUUUAAGAAUUACUGCAAGAUUAAGACACCUAGUGAGGCUGAAAAUUCUUCAUCUUGAGUUGUGUGUUGCAAUUAUAUAAUUUCCAUAAUCAAAGCUUUCAAUCUAGUGUGAAAUUUGAUAGUUACAUAAUAUAUUAUAUAUAAUAUGCUAGAAAAUGUAUUAAGAGUGCAUUAUACCCUAAAUCAUAUACUGUUACGAACUACGUAUUUUACCUUUUCUAUUGUAUGA